GCCGAACACAAAAUUGAUUUGGUAGAGCCCAAUGCGUAUCGGUUGAAUUUUAAACCAGAGGAUUUGUUAGAAGGCAUUGUAGAAAUACAGGCUUCGGGUUCGGGUUAUUUGGUGGUGGAAGAUGUGGAAGAGGAUUGUUAUGUGUAUUCCAAACACAUGAUCAAUGCUUUGCACAAAGACAAGGUAUUGGCUUUAAAAACCAUUCGAAAAGGCAAAUCAGAAGCCUAUGUUUUAAAAGUAUUGGAAAGGGCCAACACCCAAUUUAUUGGCGUAUAUCAUCGAAAAUCGACCGAAAAAUACGGUUUUGUGGUGGUGGAUAAGUCCAAAAUUCAUGUGGAUUUUUACAUCGACGAAAUGGAUAGCAUGGGGGCUCAACAUGGCCACAAAGUGGUCAUUGAACUUAAAAAUUGGCCGCCCUAUGCCACCUCGCCUUCGGGCACCAUUGUUAAUAUUUUAGGCGAUUCGGGCGAACAUCAAACCGAAAUGCACGCCAUAUUGGCCGAGUAUGGUUUGCCCGCUGAGUUUCCAGCCGAAUUGGAAACUUUGGCCGAAUCAUUGAGCGAUGGCAUUACCCCACAAGAAGUAUCCAAACGACGCGAUAUGCGUUCGAUACUGACCUUUACCAUCGAUCCAGCCGAUGCCAAAGAUUUUGAUGAUGCGUUAUCGUUUGAAGAUUUGGGCAAUGGGUUAUACGAAAUAGGGGUGCACAUUGCCGAUGUGUCGCAUUAUAUAGUGCCUGGAACCGCUUUAGACGAUGAAGCUUACGCCCGGGCCACGUCGGUGUAUUUGGUCGAUCGGGUGGUGCCCAUGCUGCCUGAGCGAUUGAGCAAUGGCGUUUGUUCGUUGCGUCCCCACGAGGACAAACUCACCUUUUCGGCGGUGUUUCAGAUGGAUGAAAACGCCAAAAUUCAUGCCCAAUGGUUUGGUAGAACCCUCAUUCAUUCGGACCAACGCUUUAGUUAUGAACAGGCCCAAGAGAUUAUAGAAUUGGGUGAAGGCACCCAUGCCAAAGAAUUGGCUUUGAUGAAUAAAAUGGCUAAAAUCAUGCGGGAAAAACGCCUGAACGAUGGGGCCAUUUCUUUUGAUAAACUCGAGGUUAAAUUCAAUUUGGAUGAAUCGGCCAAUCCAGUGGGAGUUUAUUUUAAACACAGCCGCGAUGCCAAUAAAUUGAUUGAAGAAUUUAUGCUGUUGGCCAACCGAAAAGUGUCCGAAUUUGUAAGUUUAAAUGCCGACGGUACAGCGUCCAAAAACACCUUUGUAUAUAGGAUUCACGACGAUCCAGACCCCGACAAAUUGUUAUCGCUUAAACAAUUUGUUAAGCCUUUUGGCUACGAUUUGGAUUUGGCCAACCCCAAAGCCGUUGCCCAGUCCAUCAAUCGCUUG